UCUGUUUCUCUUUCCAUAGUGCUCAGUAUUGGUGAGGGUGGCUUCUGGGAAGGAACUGUGAAAGGACGGACUGGUUGGUUCCCGGCAGAAUGCGUUGAGGAAGUGCAGAUGCGACAGUAUGACCCACGGCAAGAGCCAGCUUUCCCCAGGGUCGCAGGGACGAGGUUCAGUGGAGGAUCAGCCAGGCACAGGACUGUGAGGAUUCACGUGGCGGCCUCAGCCCCCGUCGCACCUGUGUCCAUCUCCAGGAAGUCUCUCUCGGGAUUAGAAACGAGAGAAGACAGGACAAAGCGUCUCUUCCGACAUUACACUGUGGGUUCAUAUGACAACUUCACCUCCCACAGUGACUACAUCAUCGAGGAGAAGACGGCCGUGCUGCAGAAGAGGGAGCAUGAGGGAUUCGGGUUUGUGUUGCGAGGGGCCAAAGCGGAGACUCCAAUUGAGGAGUUCACCCCGACUCCAGCCUUCCCAGCGCUCCAGUACCUGGAGUCAGUGGAUGUGGAAGGUGUGGCCUGGAAAGCAGGACUUCGCACGGGAGACUUUCUGAUUGAGGUGAAUGGUGUGAAUGUGGUAAAGGUAGGGCACAAGCAAGUGGUGUCGCUGAUCCGGCAGGGGGGAAACCACCUGGUGAUGAAGGUUGUCUCCGUCAGCCGCAAGCCAGAAUCAGAAGAAGUCGUCCGGAAGAAGGCCCCACCGCCUCCCAAGAGAGCCCCCAGCACCACCCUGACGCUGCGCUCCAAGUCCAUGACGGCCGAGCUGGAGGAACUAGCCUCGAUGCGGAGGAGAAAAGGGGAGAAACUGGAUGAGAUCUUGGCAGCAGCUGAACCCUCGCUGAGAGCAGACAUCGUCGAAGCAGAUUCCAGGGCAGCCACUGUGAAGCAACGACCCACGAGCCGGCGCAUCACGCCAGCAGAGAUCAGUUCACUCUUCGAACGUCAGGGAAUGGCAGCUCACUCGGGAGCUCUCCCGGGGGCCGAGAAACCCCACGUGUCCCUACGCAAAGGAAUUCCCCGGACAAAAUCUGUAGGUGAAGAUGAAAAACUUGCUGCUUCUUUGAUGGAUGGGAAAUUUCCUCGGAGCACGUCAAUGCAAGACACCGUCAGGGAAGGGCACGGAAUCCCACCCCCACCUCAGACGGCUCCACCCCCUCCUCCGUCUCCAUAUUACUUUGACACAGGCCCUCCCCCAUCCUUCUCCCCACCUCCACCUCCGGGAAGGGUUUACGAUACCAUAAGAUCGAGCUUUAAGCCAAGCCUGGAGGCCAAACUCCAUGGCCUCCCCCAGGUUAUCAGUGCAGCUGAGAUGUAUGACCAGGCAAGGACUUCUAUCCCGUAUCCUGAAAGGCAAAAGAGAGCCCGAUCCAUGAUAAUCCUGCAGGACUCCUCUCAUCUUCCUGUAGAGCCAACAGAGAUCCCCCGGCCUGGCCCUUCCGCCACGCCCCCGGAGAAGCUGAAAAGGAAAGGGCGAGUGAUUGAUAACCCUUACGCCAACAUGGGCCAGUUCAACGUUAGCCUGUUUGCUCCCACCAAGCCCCAGAGGAAGAAGAGCCCUUUAGUGAAGCAGCUGCAAGUAGAGGACGCUCAGGAAAGAGCAGCUUUAUCCAUCGCAGGAGGCUUUACGCGGGAGCCCUCUCCCACGCGCCGGAGCCAUCGCAUGAGUGGCAUAGAGUAUCAGCACCACGCUGGCAUCGCUCAGGUCGACCCCUCGAGCAUCCCCUUUGCCACUGCCAUCGCUGGAGUCAUGAAGGACAGAGAGCGUCGUCUUGAUGAGAGGCGGAAAUCCACUGUCUUCCUCUCGGUUGGGGCCAUUGAAGGGAGCCCCCCCAGCAUUGACAUGCCAUCCCUGCAGCAGUCCAGGUCUAUUGAUGAGCGGUUGCUAGGAAGCCGAGAUGUGCUGCUGCCUUCACCUGUCUCAGCUUUAAAGCCAUUAAUUAGCAGCUCAUCCUCAACAUUCAUCCACCCCCUGACAGGAAAGCCCCUAGAUCCAAACUCACCACUGGCGCUUGCGCUGGCCGCAAGGGAGCGGGCCCUGUCCACUCAAGUCCCAUCCAGGUCGCCCACCCCAAUCCACAGCCCAGAUUCAGACCGAGCAGCACCCCUGUUUGUGGACGUCCAAACCAAAGAACCAGAAAGGGGGGAGCUAGAGGGCCUAGUGUCACCUGCAUAUUCGCCUGGAGCCAAAGGGGCAGUAGGAGCAGUUCCUGGGACUUUGGCCCCUAUGAAAAGCCACUGGGGGACUCCAACAACACUGAGAAAAGAGACUGAGACAAGAGCAGAAACACCUGUGAAAGAAGAGAAAAAACACGAAGACAAGAAAUCUAUGAUCAUUAGUAUUAUGGACACAUCACAGCAGAAGACAGCCGGCCUCAUCAUGGUCCAUGCAACAAGUAAUGGCCAAGAGGAGAUAGGACUUGAGAUGAAAGAGGAGAAACCCGAUGUUCCUGAAGCAAGUGUGGAGCCGGCAGAGCUGCCCAAAGCGGAGACUGAGCCCAGCCCUGUGGGAAAGUCUCCGGUUAGCCCAGCAUCUGACAAGACACUUGGUCAAGGAAGUUCAGAGGAGGAAGUGGAGCCCUACACAGUUACCCUCCCACCAGCUCAGCUGUCUUCAAGUGAUGAAGAGACCAGGGAGGAACUGGCCAAGAUUGGGCUGGUGCCUCCACCAGAUGAGUUUGCAAAUGGGGUACUAGUCACCACCCCUGGCACACCAAUCAGCCAACUGGCUAAGCCUAGCACGCCAUCCAUACCAGCGGCAGCAGUAGCACCUUCUACCACUGGUGGAACACCCUCAGGGAAGCCCUCUGAUGCCCCCGUAGCCCCAGAGUCUGCUGCAGACUCAGGAGUAGAAGAGGUGGACACCAGGAGUUCAAGUGACCAUCACCUGGAGACCACAAGCACCAUCUCUACAGUCUCCAGUAUGUCUACAUUGUCCUCUGAAAGCGGGGAGCCUACUGACACAUACACUUCCUUUGCGGAUGGACAAACUUUUAUACUCGAGAAGCCACCAGUGCCUCCAAAGCCAAAACUCAAGUCCCAGCUCAGCAAGGGGCCAGUUACUUUCAGGGACCCACUUUUGAAGCAGUCUUCGGACAGUGAGCUCAUCUCCCAGCAACAUGCGGCUACUCUGGCUUCAGCCAGUGUUGGUCGGCCACGCUACCUCUUUCAGAGAAGAUCCAAGCUAUGGGGGGACCCCAUGGAGAGCAGGCCAGUCCAUGGGGCUGAGGAUGACAAACCAACUGUGAUCAGUGAGCUAAGUUCCCGGUUACAACAGCUGAAUAAGGAUACACGAUCACUGGGGGAGGAACCUACCGGGCCCCCUUUAGAUCCUGGGAAGAAGUCACCUGUGAUCGCAGCACGGUCUCUCAUUCAAGUACAGACCUGGCCAGAAACUGUAACUUGUGAGCUCUGACAAGAUGGCGGCCCCAGAAGAUAGGGGUAAGAAGCCCAUAGAAGCUUCUUUCUCAGUCCCAGCCAUAUUAGAUUCCUUCAUCCCCGCGAUGCCCAGGAGACACCAGCUCCCACCCACACGUCAGUGACCUCCAUACUCCCUCAGUGGUAUCAACCUCUCCCCAUUCCUCACAGGCCUCAAGGGUCACCAGCCCCCCUCCAGCCCCUGCCCACGCAGUUUCCCUCUAACCCCAGAGACUCCCAGGGACACAAGCCUCCCACAGCCCCGCCUCUUCCCUCAAGGGCCCUUAGCAGUGUCAGCCUCCCCAUUCCCUGAGUUCUGCCCACACACCCUUCCUGGUCUGCAAGUGACCCUGGCUGCCCAUAGCCUCCCUGUGCGCCUGCCCUGCUCACCUCCCUCCCAUGGGCCCAAGCCUGGAUUUCUAGCUCAGACUUGGAUUGUGCUGGCGGAGCUGUUGAGGGAAGGCCACGUCAGCCUCUCCCCAUCCAGCAGGUUAAAUAUAUCAGUAUGCUGUGCUGAGGGCUCUGAGCAUGACCAGUGCCUCUUCUCCCCCCUUCUGCUCCCCCACCUCGGAUUCCAAGGGACACCAGCCUUCCUCAGUCUUUCACAGCCUGAGAGACAACAGCUUUCCCAGCUCCACAUGCCCCUCGGUUAUACACCCUGCGACCUCCAUUGCUCCCUGAGUGACAGCCUCUCUCCAUCCCCCACAUUCCCUGAAAAACACCAUCCCCUUUCUGCCAGAGGGACCCUCGCCCGUCACAUUCCUCCUCUGUCUCACAAAGGCACUGAGAUACCAGCUCAUCCUCUGCCGCCCACGGGCCUUAAAUGGCUGCAGCCUGCCUCUCCACUGUACCUGCCACUAGAGACACCAGUUCCCCCCUGUCCCAGCUCUGUCCAUCCCCACGUAUUCUGGGACACCAGACUCUUCUGUCCGUCAUGCUUCAAGAGAUGCUGGCCUCCCACUGCCUCCCAUGCCUCCCAUGCUCCUUGACAGACAUCCUCCCAGAUCCCAGCCCUUUUCCCAGAGAGCCCCCUCACUGUGCUCCAUGAAUCAGUUCCUGCACUGCACUCUUCUGUUCCCCACGGCCCCUCAAAGUCCUGUGCCCUGCCGGAGAGCCACCAGCAACCCACCCUCCCCCCCACUGUCACAGGGGGGUGCUGCUCCUUCCCCAGGCGUUUAGCGUCUUUUGCUGGUCUUGUAGAGUUACAUGUUUCUCAUUCACUUUUUAUGAAAGUUGUGGCCUUUCCUCUCUGAAAUUUGGUGCACUUGGUGGGUGUCCAAGAACUGGAAAUAUUUCCCAGGAAGUCAGCUGUAAAUAGGAUAUUCUAGAGUGAUGUGAGGUGCUCUCUUCCAUUGUGCUAAUUCCCUCUCUUUUAUUCAACUCCUGUCAGUUCAGAAAUUAACGUAGAGAAUAAUUUACAAAUGCAGCCCACUUCCGCACACUUUCCAGUCCCUGUGCUUGAUUUUAAGAGCGAAAUUACCACCUGAAGCUUCCACAACACACUGCCCUUAAAUCCCUCCAGUGCUGUGAUGAAGGACAAGAGAAGCAGGACCAGCUAAAUCUGCUGCUGCCACCACCAGUGACGGCCCUUGAAUGCUCCUGAUUGCUGAAAAAUAGUGAGGUCCCACCUGCCAGAGAUGACCCUAAAUCCACAGUUGCUGCUACUGCUGCCAGAAACGGCCUUUGGACCCUGCAGUGCUGCAUAAGGGGUGAAGAUGCUGCUGCCAAAGCCUCUCCUGCAGCUGCUGGUGCUGUCGUCCUUGAGCUCGUCCUUCUUCAGGAGGACAGUGAGGGCCCUUUGCCAGGGGCCAAACUGAAGCCAUGUCUCCAGGAGUUGCCCAGGAAUCUCCCUGUGGUUGAGAAAGACAGUGCGGUCGCUGCUCCCAGAAGCCGCCCCAGCACAGCUGCUGCUAUUUCCAGAGAUUCUCCUUAGACGAGAGCCCGGGGGGAGCUGGAAGAACGGCUGAGUAAGCGGACCUGGUGGUGCACAGUUUUGUUUGUUCCUGAUCCCAUUAAUUUCUGACUAUACAACAAGCAGGCCCUGGUACAUUUCUCUUCCAGAGGCUUAUAGAGUUUCUGGCCAGGGAGCUCCAAGGAUAAAAGACAGAAACUGGGUUCUCUGACUGUGUCUCCUUGGAAGACCGUCUCCCCCAGGAGGAUGUUUGAUGAGAGUCACUGAAAAAGAGGUCAAGAGACACUGAUGAUGAAGAGAACCCAAGGUCAGAGUUAAGGCAAGGCAAGGUCAUCAGUGAGAAUAUUCCUUCUCUCCUCGCUGUUCUUAGGCCAGGGCUGAAUAGGGUGAGGAAGGCUGUGCUCGGCCUGUAUGUCGCGUGCUCUGUGCACAGAUGAAGAUUUUGAACAAUAGUGGCAAAACGGCAGCACGUCCCCGUCCCCAGAGGCAGCAUGCAGCCUGCAGUACAGUGCUCAGAACGGCACCAUAGAGUCUGGCAGGGGAUCCUGGCAGAGCCGUGCGGCAGCUUCCAGUCAUGGAGUCUCACUGGCAUGUGUGGCACCCAGACUUUGCUCAACCCUCAACCACACUGGCAAUUGCAAGGAGCCCCUGGAGCUUAACAAGCACAGGAUAAAGUUCGAGGCAGACACCGUAAUCUUUAAUGUGGAUGUGGCCCUAGGAGAUGGCAGGUCCCAACAUCCAGUGUUCUGAGCAGCAAGGGAACAUGCCAGUACCAUGAAAUAGCUGUGAGGUGAGCUAACUUCUGAGUUACCUUGUGAUAGCUCCUAAGGCAACAUGAGCCGUCAUACGGUAGCUCCACUGGAGUGCUAGCCUUACAUUGGCUCACGGAAGGCUUAUGAAGAGCUUGCAAUUGAAGGACGCUCUCUGGACACUGCAGUGGAAUCACUGUGUGACAUGCAUUAUCACAAGACAACUCCAAAGUUAACUCCUGAUCCCUGAGUUCCUUGAUCAGUGAGCAGUAGGCCUAGUGAGUCAUAGCGAGCUGUGAAAAGGCAGCUGGAGACCUACAUCCUAGCACCAGAGGCUGAAAGCAUAGCCCUACAGGGCGAACCUCACCUGUUACAUGUACAACAUUAAAACAUAUGUUUAAAAUGGCA